AACCUGACCAACGACUGGGAGGACUACCUCGCGGUGAAGCACUUCUCGGUCGAGGGCCAGCUCGAGUUCAAGUCGAUCGUGUUCGUGCCCAAGCGCCCGCCGUUCGACCUGUUCGAGACCCGCAAGAAGCGGGCCAACGUCAAGCUCUACGUGCGCCGGGUCUUCAUCACCGACGACUGCGAGGAGCUCGUGCCCGAGUGGCUCAACUUCGUGCGCGGCAUCGUCGACUCGGAGGACCUGCCGCUCAACAUCUCGCGCGAGAUGCUCCAGCAGAACAAGAUCCUGCGCGUCAUCCGGAAGAACCUGGUCAAGAAGUGCAUCGAGCUCUUCAACGAGAUCGCCGAGAAGAAAGAGGACUUUGACAAGUUCUACGAGGCCUUCGGCAAGAACAUCAAGUACGGCAUCCACGAGGACUCGACCAACCGGACGAAGCUGGCGGAGCUGCUGAGGUUCCAUUCGACGAAGUCGGGCGCGGAGAUGACGUCGUUCAAGGACUACGUGACGCGGAUGAAGGAGAACCAGAAGGAGAUCUACUUCAUCACGGGCGAGACCAAGAAGGCGGUCGAGAGCGCGCCGUUCGUGGAGGGCCUCAAGAGGAAGGGCUACGAGGUGCUGUUCAUGGUGGAUCCCAUCGACGAGUACAUGGUGCAGCAGCUCAAGGAGUACGACGGCAAGAAGCUGGUCAACAUCACCAAGGAGGGCCUCAAGCUCGACGAGACCGAGGAGGAGAAGAAGAAGGCCGAGGAGACCAAGAAGGCCAACGAGAACCUGUGCAAGGUCGUCAAGGACAUCCUCGGCGACAAGGUCGAGAAGGUGGUGAUCUCGAACAGGCUGGUGGACUCGCCGUGCGUGCUGGUGACGGGCGAGUUCGGGCCCUGCGCGACCUACAUGGUCUCGAAGAAGACGCUGGAGAUCAACCCCGACCACGCGAUCGUGACCGAGCUCAGGAAGAAGGCCGACGCCGACAAGAACGACAAGACCGUGAAGGACCUCGUGUGGCUCCUGUUCGACACGGCCCUGCUCGCGUCGGGCUUCUCGCUCGAGGAGCCGGGCGGCUUCGCCCAGCGCAUCCACCGCAUGAUCAAGCUGGGCCUCAGCAUCGAGGACACCGAGAGCGACCGCGUCAUGGGCGACGACGACCUCCCGCCGCUCGAGAGCGAGGAAGCCAGCGCUGCUGAUGAGGGCUCCAGGAUGGAGGAGGUCGACUAA